AUGUAGUAGAUGACGCUAAAAACAUGCGCGCGUAACCUUGCGGUACUGUCAGCAGUGUUGUCAAGCAGAAGCUGGAGAAACAGUUGUUAAAACCGUUUUUGGUGGUAUAUUUUAUGGACAGAAUUAUUCGGAAGUCAUGAGCAAAUAUAUAUUACCAGUUUCUGUUUUUGGAACAGUGUUUGGAGCUGCUGUUUUACUGAAGAACCAUGUAACUGGAGGCACUUGUCCCAGUAAGGCUACAAUCAAGGGGAAGACUGUGGUUAUAACAGGAGCAAACACAGGGAUUGGGAAAGAGACAGCCCGGGAACUGGCCAAGAGAGGGGGUCGGAUCAUUAUGGGAUGUCGGGACAUGGGGAAGUGCGAGACAGCUGCAAGGGAAAUAAGAGGGAAGACCCUGAAUCCUCACGUUUACGCGUGUCAACUCGACCUGGCUUCCGUGAAGUCCAUCCGAGAGUUUGCGGAGAGAAUCAAACAAGACAAGGAGCGUGUGGAUGUACUCAUCAACAAUGCAGGGGUCAUGAGAUGUCCAGCUGGGAAGACAGAAGAUGGCUUUGACAUGCAGUUUGGAGUUAACCACUUAGGCCACUUCUUGUUGACAAAUCUUCUGCUGGAUAAGUUGAAAGAGUCCGCCCCCAGCAGAGUGAUCAACCUGGCCUCACUCGCCCACAUCGUUGGAAAGAUGGACUUUGAGGACCUGAACUGGGAGAAAAAGAAGUUUGAUACCAAGCAGGCGUACUGUCAGAGCAAGCUCGCCAAUGUUCUGUUCACCAGAGAGCUCGCCAAGCGAUUACAAGGCACAGGAAUCACGGUGAACGCUGUGCACCCGGGCGUCGUUGCCACAGAUCUAGGGAGGCACACUGGUCUGCACCAAUCCCAGUUCUCCAGCUCUGUGCUCAGUCCUUUUUUCUCCAUGUUGGUGAAGAGCCCAGAGCUGGGGGCCCAGCCUAGCGUCUACCUGGCAGUGUCCGAGGAGAUGGAGGGGGUGACUGGAAGGUACUAUGAUGUCAUGACAGAAAAGGAACCGGCGCCGCAGGCCCUGGAUGAGGAGGCAGCUCGCAGGCUGUGGGAGGUUAGCAGCAGGCUGGUGGGUCUGGAGGAAGAAGGACAAUCCGGCAAGUCAAACCCAACAACAGAAGUCCAGAGCUAAGCAGCACAGACAGUCCCAGUGCCGAGACAAUGACAGACCUGCUCUGCCCUCUGCACCAGCAGGGGAUAACGGACCUUUAAGGCUUGAGCUGUGCCACGCUCAUUGGAACAAUUAACUGUCUGAGUCUGUGAGUCGGUUGUCUGUAUUAAAGCAGUCUUUUGUACAUGCCUUUAUUUUCCUGCAUCAGGAUAUUUUCUUUAAAACAUGUUUAACAAGCAGCCUUUGACAAUGGAUUUUUUUCUCUCUCUCUAUACAGUAAUUACAAAAGCUGGAAUUCACAUUGAGAGUACUGAAAAUGGGUUUUAUUAUCGUGGAUUCAAGCAGAAAAUGCUGACAGAUAGCGCCAUCUGGCUGCUAGCAUCAAAAUACAGACUAGUAAUUUACCCCUUUUUUAUUUGUUUGUACAGAUAAUGUGUAUCUUGGAAGCUUUUGAUUUAGUAUAUUUAAACAAGGUAAGAAAGUCAGUUUGCAGAAACUUGGAAAUUGCUCGACCUUGUUAACCCAUUAUGAAAACAUCUGCUUUAAAAACAACAAUCUGAUUCGUGCUAAUAUUGCAUGAUAAUUCACUGCAGAUUUCAUUAGACUGCAAAUCAAUAAGUAAGAACUUACAACUGUCCCGAAAUAACAAUGAAGUUAAUAAAAGCAGACAAUGCAAAUCUAAUUUUACAAUGAA